UCGCAGAGCAGCAUCGCACAGGCAGCGCGAGCGCGUGCGUUUUUCGCAGAUAAGACAUUUCUCGACGGAGCAGCGCAGUCAGUAGUGGGUAGGGUUGUCAUAGUGCAAUUUGCUGCUGCAGAGAGUGCAGUACCCGUGUCUGCCGGUAUAACAGUUGCGGCAGUCCAAGUGCAGAGUCGGUGCAAAUCGCGACGGUGUGCAGUAUACUCCGCGAGAGCGAGAGAGAGCGAGAGAGAGAGAGAGAGAGAGAGAGGGAGAGAGUCUAAAGUGCACUACACUCUGCGUACGUACGGAGGCAGUCUAGUAUAUACAGAGCAGAAGUGCUCCUACAGCAGCUCUGUUAUAUGCAGUUUCGAGUGAGUCGCUGCUUCUUACAUAUGUGUGUAAUGUACUGACUGCAUGCGAUAUAACGUGUACAGUGUAGGUAAUUAGACGUGUGUGCAUGCAUAUGUACGUGUAUACGGAUUGUGGCGUAUUACAUACGCAGGCGAUCAACCCGUCGGGACGACAGUGACAGAGAGAGAGAGAGAGAGAGAGAGAGAGGAAACGAGGAAGAGAGAGUGAGGGACGCAGCUACGGGACAUCGAGGAGUCAGUUUGGCAAUUGCUGCGCGCGUAGGCACACCACAGUCCGCACAGGCACUGUCUGACUCGACUGCAGUAUAUUGCCGACAGAGCGGAAUCCGCGAGCCCGCGCGUGCGACCAUGUCCGAGGGGACGAGAACGACUCGUACAUCAACGUGUCAUGCAUAAGAGGUCCUGGCUGCAGCAGUGUCAUCGUCGUGACAAUUACCACAACAUCUAUCCUGCUGUUCCGAUGAGAGCGGGAAAUGAUGCCGACGAACUCGCGGCUGCAAUCGUCUGCAAAUUGCAACGAUGGAUAUGAAUGGGACACAUUGAUGGAAGUUGUUCACGAGCCUAUUGAGAAAAAUUAUACACUACUUGAAGAAAUCGGAAAAGGUCAAUUUGCCGUUGUAAAAAAAUGUGUGGAAUUAAAGAGCGGUGCCAAAUUCGCUGCGAAAAUCAUGAGGAAGAGAAGGGUAGCCAGGGGAGUGGCUGCAGCUGACAUCGCUCGUGAAGCUGGAUUAUUGGCCCAGCUGAGACAUCCUAAUAUUGUAUCUUUGCACAAAGUCAUCGACACAGGCACCACCGUAGUAUUAUUACUGGAACUGAUAACUGGAGGAGAAUUAUUUCAUUGGGUGCCAUCUAAUGAAACUGAGGCUGCUCAUGUGGUUGGACAAGUUUUAAAAGCAUUGAGUCACUUACAUUCUCAUCAAGUUGCACAUUUAGACAUCAAACCUGAAAAUAUUCUACUCUCAACUCCACCACCUAUGCCCAAUAUUAAACUCAUAGAUCUUGGUUUAUCGCAUCGAUUAACUCCUGGCUCUGAACACAGAGCUUUAUUUGGAACACCAGAAUUUGUUGCACCUGAAAUUGUUAAUUAUGAGCCAUUGAGUUUGGGAACUGAUUUAUGGGCUGUUGGCGUUUUAACUUACAUAUUGCUUAGUGGUGCUUCUCCAUUUUUAGGUGAUGAUAAACAGGAAACAUAUGCUAAUGUGGCAUCUUGUCAGUACCAAUUUGAUGAAAAGUAUUUUGAAAAUGUAUCUGAAUAUGCUAAGAAUUUUAUACAGUCUCUAUUAGUUAAAGAUCCAAAAAAAAGAGGUACUGCAGAAUCUUGUUUGGCACAUCCAUGGAUUGUAACGGAAUCGCAAGUCUGUCACGAAUUAGGAGACGAUAUCAUUUCGGCCGCGAAAGGAGGAUGCAUACAAACGGUAUCGCAACUGCUUCAGCAAGGAGCUCCGGCAGGCGUACAGGAUUUCAAUCAGGACACUCUGUUGCAUAUCGCGUGCAAGAACGGUGACGAGGGACUCGUUGCGUUGUUGAUCGACCACGGCUUGGAUCUAGACGCGACGAACAAGAGCGGCCAGACUCCGUUGCACGUCGCGGCCAAGCACGGACACAUCGAGGUCGUCAGGCUUCUGUGCCAAGCUGGCUGCGACGUCGACAAAACGAAUCGCGGCAUCAGAGCCGAUGUGACUGCCAUCAAGUACGGCCAUACAGACAUAGCAAGUCUGCUCGACAAGUUGAGAAACAUGAAUCAAAGAGAGGCAUUUAUUAAACAAUUGCAGCCAUCGCGACGGCCUAUAGACUGUCUGCACGUACGCCUACUGGGCCACUGCGCGUCAGGCAAAAGCUCACUCGUCAAUUCAUUGCGGGCUGGAAUUUUUAAUUUCGGCUUCUUCAAAAGGGCUAAAAAUCAAAAUCAAAAUACAAAGCGCGAUCCUAGUAUUGAAUUAGAUGUCACAACGAAGCACGAAUCACUUAGUUUUGAGCACAGUGACAACGAGUACGAAAGUACAAUAGGUAUCGAGAUAAGUCGAGGUAACGUAGGCGGUGAAUGCGUAUUUUGGGAAUUCUGCGGACGAGAAGAUUACCUGGUCUCCUAUCAUCGAGCUCUAAUGGCUCAUCAGCCUAUGCAAGUCAAUUUGAUCACGAUCAGUCUACGUCAGCCAUUGAACGUGCAAAUACAGCAGGCUCGAUUCUGGCUGCGAUUCAUCGCGGAUCGCAUUAGGCCGAACAACAUCGGUUUCGCGGGCAAAUGCGCCGACGUGCAGGUCAUACUGGUCGGCACCUACGCGCCCGAGCCUCCAAUCGGUAACAAUACGAACGGCAAAAAUCUGUUGGAGCCUUUGCUGGCGUCGCUGAAGGAAUUCAUUCCGCUCUUGGGCGAGGAGUUCAAGUGCGUCGCUUUGGACGCCACGAGUCCAUCCUGUCCGGGACUGAAGCAGCUGCGAGCGUACCUGAAUCAGGCCAGGGGAAAAUGUUUUGAGAGUUCACACGAUCUCUCGUGGAGUGGUUUAAUGGAAGCCUGGAGAGCUCAUACGCAAUCUCUGGAAAAUCCUCCCAUGCUGCUGGACUUGAAGGGAUUCGUUCGCGAAGUCAGACUCGUCAAUCCACUGGUUUCCGUCGAGCACUGCAAGCACCUGGCAGAGCAAUUACAAGCAUUCGGAGAGUGCCUCAUUCUCCCGGGAGAUUUGUACGUUUUGAGCCUAGAAUGGUUAUGGAGAGACGCAAUCGGCUGGCAAUUGAAUCCAGACCAAAAGAAUCGUUUGGGAUUCCGUACGACGGGCGUCUACACGGCGGAAGAUUUUCAAGCUCGAUGUCCGUGUCCAGCGAAUCAAGCUUUGCAAGUUUUGCAGGCUUUUCACUUAUGUGUACCUUGCGAAGUUGACGACGAAGAAAUUGAGUACGAAAUUCCCUGUUUGAAUCUUGUCGAACGGCUAUCCGGCCUGUGGGAGCCUUGGCCAUCGGCCCCUAUGUCAUUAACUCCACACGCGGGCUUUCGCCUUUUUCCAGUCGAAGCGCGUCUCUACAAUUUGUUACCAAUUUUUCCACACCUUCAAGUACAAUUACGAAAAACAACUCAGUCUUGGAACUGCCAAGAGUCCGACUUGUAUCAGUGGUGGCGUGGCUCAAAAUUGUGUCUCGGCCCGUGCGAGUGCAUCGUCACUUUGGAGGAAGAGGAGCAAGGAUGUAUUCAAGUGUGGGUACGUGGCCCUCGUGGAACCGGAGCCCAAUGCUUUAAUUUGUUAGGAAUCGUCUUGGACGCGGUUGAUUCUGCUCUCGACAUCGUUGCGCCAGGAAUGUUGCUGGAAAGACACUGGCAGAGUCCAAGUCAAUUAAGGGAUUACGACGAAGUCAUCCAUUCGUGGGAGCCAACGACAAUCAACAAUGCUCUACUAGAUCGAAAUUUUCAAGAAGCUUUUUUCAAGAAUCCCUUCAAUGGCCAACGUGAAAGUGUUUGGCACAUGAUCGGUUGCGGAUUGACUUCGAUAGAGAAUUGCAUUCCUGGCGUAAAGCAGUCAAUAAAGAGCAUCAAGCCGGCGAUUCAAAGACGAUUGGCGCAAUUGCUCGAUCCUCCCGAUUCAUAUGGUCGUGACUGGUGUUUACUCACGGUGAGACUUGGCCUUGGCGAUCGAGUUGCUCAGUUUGACAGUACAAUCAAUAGCCCUACCUUAAGAAUUCUCAACUGCGCUGGAAACGAUUGCACGGUCGGCACUUUGAUAAAACAACUGCGUGCUUUGGGACGCGAAGACGCUGUAAAAGUUCUGCUAACCUUCACUCCGACGUAUUUAAUGUCAACACCCGUAGAAUCUGAUACGGGAUCCAAUCUUUCGAGAUGACGGCCCUGCUCAUUGUCUCUGAAUAGCAACAAUUUUUUUUUCAAACAAAAAGCUCGAUAAGCACUUAAAAGCAGCGGCACAUGCACACACUUUUUUAUUGACACCGAAGAAAAAUAAUUUAGACUUUUCCAUACGAGCAAUUGUCCAAACUUUUUAUUAUAUUGCUAUAUUCUAUGUAUUGUGAGCUUGUAAGAAACUGUAUGUUUAGGCUAUAGAAUAUAACGUGAUAUAAGUGCAUAAUAUUCUACACUUUUACACUUUGUCAACGAUGUAAGAGUAUAUGAAAAAAAAAUUAUAGAUGCGAACGAAUUGGGUUUUUCUCAUUUUCUCAUUUUGUGAUAGAUGAUUCUGAAUAAUAACAUAGUACAUACACGUGACAUACACGAUGUGCGGACGAAUGUUCUGCUGCUUAAAAUGAUAAUUUUUUCAGUGAGCGCGCGCAUCAGGAUUAAUUUUUUUAAUACGAUACAAAUAAAAGCUCCUUUUUCAAAUUUUUUCAAUUUUUAUAACGCCAUAGAGUACAAGUUCUGGUAAAUGUGUGUAUGCGUACUCGUAUAAAUGCAUAAACGAUGUUUGUUACAUAAGAGAAUUUAAUCAGAGUGAGAUGUUUAAUACAUUAUUACGAUUGUAGCGUUUAUUAUCGUCAUUAUUACUAUAUUGAAACUAUUAUUAUUAUAAACAUGUAUGAUAGAUUUGUUAGACUCAUUAUUGCUAUUGUCAAAUUUAUGAAUGAGCGCAGGUGCUUAUAAUAAAGGGCAUAGUACUUAGAAGUAGUAUAUAUACGUAUUUAUUGGUAUUGUGCCGCAACAAGUGUCUUUUGUACUUUAAACAAAGCAAUGUUAUAGUUAUUCAAAGGCAUGCGAUCUAUUGGACAUUCUAAUUCUCUUUAUACAAAACAUUGUAUAGAUAUAUAAAUACAUUAUAUAGUUAUGAUAUACGAUACAUGGACUGCAAACAACAAAAACACAUUUUUUCUAUAUUAUUACGAUACGAUUUUAAGCGUCGUUGAUUUUUUUCUCAAACGAUUAUUAGGAUCGACACACGAAUCAAGUCUGAGUGCGUAGAUGUUAUUUAAGUAGUUGAAAUCGUUGACACAGCAGAAUUCAUUUCCAUUAAAGAGAAAAAAACAUUCCUACUUUUUUACAUUCCUUCUCUCUAUUAUAUGCUACGUCUCAAGAGUACGAGUCAUAUGAUAAUAUUCACGCGCAUUCCGUAAAACAUUACCAUAAAAAAUAUUGUAAAUGAGUUUGUAAUGCAGGUAAUGAUGCUAAUUGUAUGCUACGUACAGACAUAAGUUACGAGAGAAAUCUCGACUUUUUAAUAAUUCUGAUACACAAAGAUUUGUAAUACACACUCGAUUACUUAUUGUUAAUAGACUGGAACCACUUGUAUAAUAAAAUAGAAAAUAUCUAGUAUUACUGAAAAAUAAAGCGAAACUCGAAACUAGAAAAUGAA